UUGGCAAUUCUCACAACAUGGCUACUGGUGGAUUGAAAAGAAUAAACGACUCUGACAAUGACGUUAAAGCAAAGAAACCAAAUAAUUUUUGGCAAGGAGGGCUACUCACUUCCAUGAAUGACCCCGAUCUUCAAGUAUUUUCGGACGAACGAAUAACUGUCAUCAAAGAUAAAUAUCCAAAAGCAAAGUAUCAUUUCCUUAUUAUGCCAAAAAAGAACAUUCCUAAUUUAAAAAGUUUAAAGAAAGAAGAUAUUGAUUUAUUGAAAUAUAUGGAAGAGAAAGGAAGAGAAUUAUCAAAAAGUUCUGAUGCAGAAAGACAGUUUAGAUAUGGAUACCAUAGUAUACCUAGUAUGAGCCAUUUACACCUUCAUGUGAUAAGUCAAGAUUUUGACAGCACUUGUCUGAAGAAUAAGAAACAUUGGAACUCUUUUACUACAGAAUAUUUUGUAGAUUCAAAAGAUAUAAUAAAAACUCUAGAGAAGACUGGAAAGGUAGAACAUGAAUCCUCCCAUUUUACAUCCCUGUUGAAAUCUGAUCUCAGAUGUCAUGUUUGCAAGAAAGAGAUAAAGACAAUACCUGCACUAAAAACUCAUAUUCAGCAGCAUAGCUACCAAGUGAAAAUAACAGAUACAUAACCUUAUUUUUUUGUGUAAACAUAAUGAAUGAGGAAAUUUGAUGUACAUUGAAAUACAGUAUCUCCAAAAAUGGGAAUUGUUUAAAAUAGUAUUACUUUCUUUAGUUUACAAAUGUGCUGAUCCUAGGUGUGACUGUAUCAAACUUGUUAAUCAGAAAUGAAGACAUUAUUUAACAACAGGACUGUCAGUCAAGCUUGCAUUUGAAUGUACUUAAAGAAAGAAAACAAUUUUGCUGUGAUAUCAUUUUCUUUGUCUUUUAGAAUUUACUCAGAAAUGUGAAAUAAGUUCAGGACAAUGUUUUAUAAGAAAUCCUUUUAUUCUACAUCAAUGAAGGAAUAAUACCUAAAAAAUGUAUAUAGCAUAUGUUUGAUUUUUGUUUUAGUAAAUAUAGAAAAUAAAAAAAAAAUGUAACUUGA